AUGUGGCCCCUCCGCAGAGUGGACCCCUGCAGGGGUAGCCGAAGAACGUUUAGCAACACAGGAGAGUAUUCCUCCAGCAUGAGUCGUAUCUUUAACAAGCUGAAUGAGAAGCGGAAUGGGAGGAGCCCCGAAGGAGGGGAAGAGAACCCUCUCGAGGGUAAGAAGUUGGGAUGUAGUGGUGAAGGACUCCCCCCGGAUCUUAUUGGCAGACAAUUUGAAGGAGCAAUAAAUAAGAUGCAGAUGAGUAGAAUGCUGGGGCGGGACCUCUCUUAUUGCAUGAAUAUCAUAUCCAAGAUGGAGUACUUUAGAGGACACCCUUUUUGGGUUAGGGCAUGCAAUCGGUUGGUGAAGGGACACAUGCUGCACAGGAUAAACAGAGAGAGUUACUUUAUAGUAGCUAAUUCGUUGAGUAAGGUGGAUCUGCUCUUUGGUGGUGAUGUCGAGCGGAGAAAGGAGCAUAAAUCGGAAGGACUGCUACAGUCGGUGGAACCUCAUUUGUCUAGUUCGUCCCCUUUUUUGUUCAUCUCUUUUGAUGGCCAUGUCACAGUGGAGAAGGGAAAGACAACUGAUCGGAAGAUAUACCACCAGAUAUACAACGAAAUAGCAUUCCGAUUUCUCCUCAAUUUGGAGACCUUCAAUUUGGAUUGCAUAAGCUGUGUAUUAAACAUGUUCGCUAAGCUGAAUAUGAGAGAGUACAAUCUGCUGGGUUACUACUUCGCUGAUUAUGCUGUGUUGGCAGAUUUGAGGAGGGUUCAGGAGGAGAGUACCAAUCUGGGGGGGACUCAGUGGCAGGCGGAUGGGGAGACACCGAAAGGAAUGAAUAAAGUUAGAAGCUGUUCUGCCGCUGACAAAAGGACAACUUUACUGCGUAUAGACCGAUAUAGCGUCUCCAAAUUGGUAAUCAUUCUGCACUCAUUGGCCAAGUUGGGAGUGGUACACGUGGAGUUUCUCUCCAUCUGCUGUUCCAUUUUGAGAAAACAUCUCAUUGUGCUGAACAGCUUAGACCUCUGCAAUGUGAUGUAUUCAUUAGCCAAGUGGAUCCCUCUAUGGAGUGGGAAAAACGAGCACGAUCGGAUUCGUCUCCUUAGAAGAGUUAGAAGCGAAGCUUUCCGGUCUUAUCUCGACACUGUAGUGAAGUGCACUUCGGUGUAUGCACCCCGUUACGGGAGCGCAGCCUCUGUGCACAAUACAUAUGACUCACUUUUACGUAACAGUGAUGAGGUAAAACUGAAUCAGUUGUUCAGGGAGAUCGAAGCGGAGGUAGUUAAACUCGCGAUGCAGAUUGGCACCUUGGUGCAAAGGGAACAUGUCCUGGGUAAGUUCACCGCUGUGCAAAUUUCCUCUUUAACACUUUCGAUGGGCAAGAUGAAGCUGAAUUUUUACGCCUCCUUCUACGCCAUAAAUCGGAAGGUUCACCACCUGUGGAAGGACUUCUCCCUGCACAGCAUUGCCGAUUUCCUCUUCGGAGUGAACGAGAAGAACAUCUCGGAUGAGCAGGUCACUCUGUUGUUGUGUUACCAGUUUGCGCGUCUGGUUUAUGCCAAGUAUUGCUCGUCUGAGUUAAUAAAGAAGGACUCCUUUUCCCCAAAUCAGCUGAACAUGGUCAGGCAGAAUAGGGAACAUAUUUACUUCUUCGGGACGACACAAAGGAGAGUGCAUUUUUUAAACGCAAAGGAUUGCUCUCUGGUGGUUCGCAUUUUCCAAUCCCUAGCCAAGUCAGAGGUGCUGGUUGGGGGGGGAGCGGCUCCCGUGGCUGACCCAGCGGGGGGGCGCUUUCCCUACGAUGUGUGCGCGUGGGGUCAGGAGAGGGGGAAAUUUAAUGGCAGUUUUGGUGGCAGUUUUGGUGGCAGUUUUGGUGGCAGUUCGGGGGAAACUUCAAGUGACAGUUCGAGCGACAGUUCAUGUGACCACUUGCGUGACAAGUUAAUUUACCCCCUCCAUGGGCACACUGGAGGGGCCCUCGCUGACUGCAGAGAAGGCGUGAGCAACCCCCCCUGGGGAAAACUCAACGAGUACCCAAAUGGAGCGAAUCCAACCUUUAGCUCUUUUGAAGAGAGUGCCCAUCUGAUCAAGUGGCACACCAUGCGCACGCUGCACCACGUCAUUUGGCAGCAUUUGGACUUACUUCCCUUCGAGAGCAUAUCCCUGUUGUGUUACUUCUCUCUGCAUGUUCCCGAUUUUAUGUUUCCCAUGGAGAGGUAUGCACAGUCGGAUGCUUAUCCCUGCAGGGAGUCUGCUCCCCACAUGGGUAGAAGCCUCUUCGCAAGGUUGUUCUUCUACGUUUGGGAAGCUAUGGAUCCUAAUUCGCUUAGUGAAGUUACGAUGCGACAGAUUCAUAUCUGCAUUUUGAGCUUUUACCUGGACGUUAUGCGGCUGGCGGCAACGCGGCAUAGAGGAGACCCUCGUGGUGUCUUUCCCCCAGACGAUAUACCCAGUCUUGGCUGUGUGACCUUAUCGGAGGGGACCAGCACGAAGAAGUCACUGGAGAAGAAGCCAGCUGCCAACUGCAGUGAGGACGUAUUCCUUUCCUUCUCCAUGGAUAAGCUGCAGAAGUUGAACGCCUUUUUGGAGUUGGCUAGGGUGCGAAGCUGCCAACAGAAGGAGAUUACCCUGACAUCGAGAACACAUGCCGAGGCGUACAACUGCCUGCGGAGAGUCGUCGAAGACCUGAGCGAAUCAGGAAAAAGACGCGUGCUGCACAGCUCCGAGGUCAUAGUUGGCCCGUUUGUACUGGUACCAGACAGGAGGGAGAUAGAAAAUGAAAAUUAA